ACCGUAAACUACCUAUAAAUUACGUAAUUCAGAAAAAUACGCAGUUAUCAUCCCACCAUAACACAAAAAUGAGAACUCCCGCUUUCUUUUUCACUUCUCUCCCUGUCUCCCUCCUCUUCUUCCUCUUCACCUUCAAUGCCAUAACUGCCAAAAACCUCAUCCCUGAAACUUGCAAAAAAUUUGCUCAAUACGAUCCAAACCUAAGCUACAAUUUCUGUGUAAACUCUCUGCAAGCAGCGCCGAAAAGCCAGCGCGCCGGUCUUCACAAACUCGGCAUAAUCUCAAUCAAGUUAGUCCGCAACAACGCAACGGACACGAGGCAUUACAUCAAGCACCUUCUGAAAAACAAGAACCUCGACCCCUACGUAAGGGCGUGUUUGGGCGACUGCUUGGAGCUUUACUCGGAUGCCAUACCAACCAUUAAGCACGCCCUCAUGAAUUACAAGUCCAAGAAAUACGAAGAUGCCAACACUGAAGUGAGUUCAGUCGUUGAUGCCUGCACAACUUGUGACGAUGGAUUCAACGGAGGAAAUCGGUUGGUUUCGCCAUUAACGAAGCGAAACGGCGACACGUUUCAGUUGUCGAUUAUAGCACUGUCUUUUAUCAAUAUGCAUAAUUCACCAAACUAAAUCAAGUGUGUGUGCGCGCGCGCGCAUGAGUAUAUAACUGUCUUUGUUCAUGAAUUAUAUUUGUGCGUUUUAUAUUUUUAUUAAUUAUUUGUAUUUAUUUGGUUUGUUUUCUACAAUACCUAUAUUUGAUGUU